AGACGCAGGUUUUAGCCGCGCUCCAACGGAACCGCUGGCUUCAGACGGGUUCGGGGACGCCGCCCAUGAGGACCGGGUUUGGUGGAACUUCCGCAGGCUGUUCGUAGCUCUGAUAGAGCUUGUUGAGUGCUCAGCGUCUCUGUUCGUGAGCCGCGCGUGCAGCAACGGGACUGUCGUGUUUCGAACAGUUGUGGUUGGAUGGAACAUUGCUGCGAGUGCUUCGCCCGCGGUCGCCUGCUCGCCUGUCUCUCCGGCCGCCGCCUCUUUCUCGGUGUGGCCGUGGUCUCCAAACCGGACGCGUGACGUCAUCGAGUUGUUCCUAGUGCGACUCCGCGCCCCCGCGUGAACAGUUCCUGCAGCCAUGGCGCACCUGGUGAGCGACAUCAUCCACGGCUACCACGACAUCCUGGACAACCGCAGCGACCCGCGCGUGAACCAGUGGUCCAUGAUGGGCAGCCCGCUGCCCACGCUCGCCAUCUGCCUGUUCUACGCCUACUUCGCCAAGGUGCUGGGCCCGCGCCUCAUGGAGAACAAGAAGCCCUUCGACCUGCGCAACGUCCUCGUCGUCUACAACUUCCUGCAGAUGCUGUUCAGCGCCUGGAUCUUCAACGAGUAUCUACAGAGUGGGUGGGCUGGCCACUACAGCUUCAGAUGCCAGCCUGUGGAUUACUCAAACAGCCCCAUGGCCGUAAGGAUGGCAGGGACGUGCUGGUGGUAUUAUUUUUCAAAGUUCACGGAGUUCUUUGACACGUUGUUCUUCAUCCUGCGCAAGAAGAAUAACCAAGUCUCCAAUCUGCACGUCAUCCAUCAUGGAUGCAUGCCUAUGAGUGUUUGGCUUGGAAUGAAGUUUGCCCCAGGCGGCCACAGCACGUUCUUCGCGCUGCUCAACACGUUUGUGCACAUCAUCAUGUACUUCUACUACAUGGUGUCUGCGAUGGGCCCUCGGUUCCAGAAGUACCUGUGGUGGAAGAAGUACAUCACCACUAUCCAGAUGGUACAGUUUGUGUUCAUCUUCGGUCACCAGUUCCAGCUGCUGUUCAUAGAGUGCAGCUACCCAAAAACAUUCAUGGUGUGGAUUGGCCUGCACGGUGUACUCUUCUUGUUCCUGUUCUCCGACUUCUACAAGACCAGCUACAGCAAAAAGAAGAGCGGUCGUGCGCAGAAUGGUGCCUGCAUGCCCCUGUUCGACGAGCCUGCGAGCAAGGAGAACGGAGUGCAGAAUGGAAAUGCCCACACCGUUUCCUCAGACUAUUCCAACGAAUAUGCGAAAACGUACUCCAGUUGUUACUCCAACGGGGUCAGCAAUGGAUACGUGUCCACGGCCGCGAAGAGCACGCUGACGCAGCGGCCCGUCAAGGAGAAGUAGCACCACGUGAACGGGAAACCAUUCAUCUCUGACGUCGUGAGGUUCUGACGUCUGGCUGCAUUUCGGCAAGACUCUUUUCCUCGAAACUCUUUAAGUUCUUUUUUUUUUUUUUGCGAAUUCCUCUGUUGAGACAUUAAUGACCGGUGACCGAGGAUGCAAAGGCGAAAAAAUGAACCAGGGUGUGUGAUGGUUCAGGAGUGUGUCAUAUGCGAGAUGAGGCUGUGUUUCUGCGUGGGAUCUGACCGUCAUUCACGCGAGACUUUAGUUUCUAGACACUUGUAUGGAUUCCGCAAGUUGAGCGUACAACUAAACGUUUAUGUUUUUCUAUGGAGUGUGUAAUACAGCUGUGUAAACAAUGUUGAUCAAUACUUUACUCCAUUGUUGAAUAUUUGAGUUUUAAAGAAAAAUUAGCUGCUUUUUAACUUUUUGUAACUAAUUUGUUACUGGAAAUUUAAUAAUUGUGCUAAGUGUUGUGUGUUGGCUCUUUACGAAACAAAGAAUGUUAUUCAUCCCAGUUCAAUGAAGCAGGUGUAUCAGGAUGUAAAUUAUGUUAAUAAUGUUAAUUUGAAAUGUUUAUGUAUAAAUGACUCUUUUCUAUAUUACGCUUCAAACUCUGCAGAAUUGCAUACAUUGGAAACUUGCAGAUUUUACAAAAAAAAAUUUUGUUUAAAUUUUGUAUGUUUUAAGUUUAUAUUUUGAUGAUGCAGCUAAAAGCUUGCAGUAUUUUUAAUGUUUUCUCAUGUUUUGGUUUAUCUGUGGAACAACUAACUCAAAAUAAACAAAACUGAUACAAACUAUAAAUGUAGUUACAUAAGCAGUGGUGGAUGCAGGGUGGGAUCGUUGGGGGGGGGAAUAAUUCUCCCCUAAUCACUAUGAAAAAGUGAGGUGUCUCAAUGAAGGCAGUACGUUAUUUGAGUGAUGUAAGGUGAGCUGUUAAAACACCUGGAAUCACAUUCCACAAUUUUCUUUAAUACAAAUAUCUUUUUUUUAAUCCACUCUUGAAAUAAAUUUCUGUAUCUGCCACUGUACAUUUGAAAUGUCUUCAAAAAAUUUAAACUGUUAACUUUCUUUGGCAGUUUUCCCAAUUGAAUACACUACAUCUUGUUGAAAUUGCAAACAUACCCUUGAGUUGCAUGUCAUUACAUAAAUGUUGUAAUAGUAAUUGUUUUGUUACUAUGUACAGUAUCUGUUGCAUCCUAUAAAAUUUUACAUGCAAGAGUUCAAAUUUUGUACUACUUGUAAAAUUAAUUACUUGUUUAAAAUAGAUUUUGUACAUUACAGAGUGUUUCCAUUUUA